GAAUUUUUUUUUUUCUUUGAAUUUGCCUCUCUGUUGGAUUUCUCCACACAAUUCAAAUCAGGGUGGAUAUUAAGAAAGAAAACCAAAUAAUUAUGGCAAGCGCUAGAUGCAUCUCCAGUAGUUUAGUCCAAGCAUCAAGUACCGACAACAACGAAGCAUCUCAAAGGAUUGAUUUAACUCCAUGGGAUCUUCAACUCCUCCCUUAUGGUCCUAUCCAGAAGGGACUUCUCUUCCAUAAACCAAAACCCCAGCAAGUAGAUCUAGAAGAAACCCUGAUCCACCACUUAAAAGCCUCUCUUUCCCGCAGCUUAGACUUUUUUCCUCCGCUUGCUGGCCGCCUUGCCUUUGUGGAACAGGGCGAUGACAUCACUUCCUACUAUCAGUAUUGCAACAACGCCGGUGCCUUAUUUGUCCAUGCCACAGCGGAUGGAGUGAGCAUUUCAGAUAUUAUUGAUCCUGUUUAUGUUCCUGGUAUUGUUCGAUCAUUUUUCCCUCUUAAUGGGGUUAAGAACAUUGACGGUACUUCGAAGCCUGUUCUAGCUGUGCAAGUGACAGAGCUUGUUGACGGUGUCUUUAUUGGUUGCACCGUCAAUCAUACUAUCUGUGAUGGUAAAUCUUUUUGGCAUUUCUUGAAUUCUUGGUGUGAAAUUUGCGGUGGAGCCAAUAAAUUAUCCAAACCUCCGACCUUACAACGUUGGUUUCUUAAUGACACCGAUUGCCCAAUUCGCCUUCCCAAUUCAUUUAUCAAACAAAUCCACGAUCUUGAUAUCACUCCGUUACCAAUGCAAGAAAGAGUUUUCCACUUCUCAAAAGAAAAUAUUGCAAAACUCAAAGCGAAAGCCAAUGCUGAAUUAGGCACCAGCAAUAUCUCCUCUCUUCAAGCCCUCUUAUCUCAUAUUUGGCUAUCUGUUAUGCGGACCAAACAUCUUGAUCCGGAAGCGGAGAUUAACUACCGAUUACCAGUUGGUAUCAGGCAAAGACUUGACUCUGUACCGGAGGAAUAUUUUGGUAAUGCAGUGCAGGCUGGGAUUGUGAUUUUGAAGGUGAGAGAGUUGCUGGAGCAAGGAAUUGGUAAUACUGCGUUGCAAAUGAACAAAAUGGUAGCUACACAUAAUGAAGAAGAAAUAAGGAAUUUCUUGGAGUCAUGGGCAAGAGAACCAAGGUUAGUCAGGGAAAGCAGCACAGGAAGGGAUGUUAUGGGCACGAGUUGUUCGCCUAGGUUUGAUGUGUAUGGAAAUGAUUUUGGAUGGGGAAGGCCAAUUGCGGUACGAAGUGGGGCGUCAAACAAGGUUCCUGGGUUGUUGACAGUGUACCGCGGAGUAGAGGAAGGGGAUAUUGAUGUUGAAGCUUGUCUUUCGCCUGAUACAUUAGAGGCAUUGGCCAAUGAUUACGAUUUCAUGAAUGCUGUUACCACAAUUGAGGAUAGAAAGUCAGAAUAACAGAAAGGUUUAGGUAUAGAAUGAUCCUAUCGUUGUACCGACCGAAUUAGUUCAAUAAGAUGUGACUUAUGUUUUUUCUAAAAAAAUAAUCUAUCUUAUUAUGAGUUUGAGAGAAUAAAAUAAAAUGAGCAAAAUGAA